AUGGAGCCGAUGGACGCGGAGGGGAAGAGACGGCUUCUGCCCGGGUGGAUGGUGAGACGGAGUGAAGAGACAAAGGUGGAUCGACCUAGAGAAGGUCCUACAAAGAUAACAACUUCCGCGAAGAGGGGUGAAAGGAAAACAGUGGAGAGUAUAGUCACAGUUUACUGCAUGAACGAGGCAGAGUUGGUGAACGCAGCAUUUGAUCUCCUUGCAACGGGAUCAAGUGAGUUGAAACAACCAGGCUUUGGGGUGACAACAGGAGAUUCAAUAAGAGAAAAGGACAUGUGGAUCUCAGAAUCUGAACUUGAAGAUGGAGACACAGAUUCAGAACCAAUUCAGAAAACUUGCAUCUCUGAAUCCGAUCUAGUGGUUGAAGGUACCAGUCCAGCUCAUCAUACCAAACAGAAGGGAGUGGGUAGCACAGUGCCAAAGAGAAAUGACAUUACACAGGUUUCUGAAUUGAAUGCAUGUGAAAGAACAGAUGAACAGGCCCAUGUUCAUAGGACAGACCCAGGGGAUGCAGAAGAAGAUGAUGCUUUCAAACUUGUGCGAGAAAUUUUCUUCACUUAAUGUUUUCAGUCAAAAAAACAACACAAAAAAACAGCAGGUAACUGAAGUGAGAUGCAUAAGGUGUUGCAUUUAUCUGUUUCUAUGGUACAUUAGAGCCUUUAUUGGUUAGAUCCAAGGACCAGAAGAAAGUGGGGUGGGUGGAAGUAUGUCACAACACUUACCAAUCAAAGGACUUGUGGGCGUAAACAUUUAAUCCACAUCUGGGAUGAGCAGGUUUCUCUGUGCUUUAAUAUUCUUGUAUCGUUUGCUGUAGUAACAAAAAGCUCAAAAUUCAUGCAACCUUAACCGCAAGGCCAGCUGGGAAAGAACCGCCAACAUCCAUCGAAAACUUGCAUUGCAUGGAAACUUUUCACACAAAUCAGGUAGACUACCAAUGGGAGUUCAGGAGGAAUGCGGGAGAACCCGGAUCAGUUCGGAUUGCCAGUCAGGCAGUGCUCAUGGAAACAAGAUACUAAUGCCUACUAAUAGGACUGAUUACAGAAUUCCUGUUGGAAACAUCCCUUAUGAAAAAAAAUACUGAAAUACUACUUAUUUAAAAGUAACCAACGGUAACUAUGCAGUAAGUUACUUAUUAUAAUAGCUGUUGUGUAGUAACAUGAGAACUUAUUUACCAUGCAGUUCAAGUAGUAAAACACACUACAGAGUCACAUUGAGUUUCAAGAUUAGGCAAUAAAGAAUUCAUAGUGGUUUGAUAGUGUAUUCAUAGUGUUAAUGUAGUGUAUUCGUGUUGUAGUGUAUUAAUACUGGUUUGAGUAAUGGUGUAAUUAUGGCCUUAUCAUUAAAAUGAUGCAUUCGUGACAAGAGACAAUUAAGUGACAACCCUUUUUUUUUUCUUAAGGGCUUUCUCUAAUUAGAGUCCAGCUUUAUUUUGGAGUUGGGUUAAAAGUUUUUACUGCUUGAAUUCCAUAUGGGUUACAUACCAACCCUGGCAAAUGCCAUUUUUUUUAAUAUAGGACUAUUUCAGUUACUCAGAUGCUAAUAAUGUCAAAAACAUGAAGGUUAUAUGACAAAUAAAUCAUUUUUUAAAAUUUUA